GGGAUGGCUGCAUGGUAAGAGGUUCAGCCUUUGCUCUCGUGUCCCCUCUUGGUUCUCAGGCCAACCAUCCAUAGACUGGCUGCCAAAAAUCUAAUUUCCUUCCUGGAAUCUGAAGAGGAGUCUGAAGAGGUGAAGAAGAAGAUCUUGGAGAUCAGUCUGCAGUCUGGUGUUGUCUCCUCUCUCACAUCUUAUGUAGCCGUCAACAAGGACACAAAGACCCGUGUGGAGGGUCCUCCUGUGCAGAGGUUCAUGCCUCCCAUUGCCAUGGCCUGUAACAUUUUACCUCAACCGGUAUAUUGCUACGCUGCCCCUUUACGAAUGAUGGCUCCGGAUCCCAUCUAUGAACUGGCCGAUGCCACACUUGGGCCAGACCUAGCUGCUCUAUCUCUAUCAAAUGGAGUCCCACAAGAACCGUUGACUCCUGUGACAGUGGAGACUCCUGCCCUGUACAGACUAAUCGCUCUCCAGAAAGCAGACGGCUCCUGGGAAGCAAACUCUGAAUUUGCCGCCAUAUUGGAAAUACCUGAGAAUUUUGCAGAGCAUUGUCCUGUUUCGAAUGUGGAGAGGCCAGUGUGGGCAACGGUCCUAGCGGUGAUCUGGCUUCAUUCCUCUUGUCUGGAUCAUAGGGAUGAGUGGGAGCUGCUGGAGGGAAAAGCUGUCUCCUGGGUCAAGGCCAGUGCAGGUUCCUCUCUGGCAGAGGUGGUCAAAGCCGGGAACGAGUAUUUGAAGUCAUCGGUGGAUGUUGCAGUUUUUGGUCUCUAA